ACGAGGACGCUGCUGCUGCUGCCUUUCCACGUUAGCAUGGUUAGCUGCUAGCUGGAGUAGAUUUUGUUUACGUCUUCGGUGUCACGAUGUCGAUUACGCAUCAGAACAUGAAGGGGUGGGUUUUGGACGCUUGUUCGCUAAUUGAUCGGGGGCAUUCACGAUGCAUCCGAUUGAGCAGAGACCCCAAAGCACGUUUCGGGUAUCGUUUCAAGCGGCAAUGUUUUCGGAUAACUAAAAGUUAUUAUGGUGCGAACUCCAGCAGUGCGGAUGCUGGAAGCAACUCGGACACGAUGCCGAAGUUGCGCUGCAAGCCACCGAAGAAAAGAAAACGAAAAAACGGUGAACUCAACCAAGGGGAAAUUGAUUCAAGGACCUACCAUCAAAAGAUCAGGUCUGUCAUUCUGGAGGGAGCCGAAUCCUUGGUGGAUGCUGUCAAAGCCCAUGGACAUUUGAAUGGAGCGGCAGAUGAAGCAGAGGAGCCCCUCCCUAAUCAGGAAUGUCCUUUGGCGGCCCUGUGUAACAUGGCUAAGGAGCUCUUCCAACUGGAGAACGCUGAUGGGGAGGACCGAGUUCAGUUUAUUAGUGCUGAGGACAGCUGUCCAUCACAUCUUGAUUUAUUCUCUAGGAUAACGGAGAACAACUCAGACCUGGCCAUGGAGGUUACAUUAAUGGGAGAGCAAUAUGUAAUACCACCGCAUACAGCAUUUCUGCUCUCAGAUUUCAGCAGAAUACAACCACUGGUCCAUUCUGGAAAGAGAUUUGAUCUUAUAGUAAUGGAUCCGCCAUGGGAAAACAAGUCUCUCAAAAGAAGUGGAAGAUACAGUUCCCUGCCUUCAUCCCAGCUGAAAUAUCUCCCCAUACCUCUGCUGGCGUCCCUAAACUGUUUAGUUGUCACCUGGGUUACAAAUCGGCCCAGCCAUCAGCGCUUUGUCCGUGACGAGCUGUACCCGCACUGGGGUGUAGAGGUCUUGGCCGAAUGGUUCUGGGUCAAGGUCACCAGGACUGGUGAAUUUGUAUAUCCGCUGGAUUCACAGCACAAGAAGCCAUAUGAGGUGCUGAUCCUUGGACGAUUUCGCUGCAGUGCAGAAGACUCCCAAAGCUCUCCAGCGAAGUCUGUGGCCCCUGUGGAGGAUCAGCGUGUGAUUGUUAGUCUCCCAUCAGCUCUCCACUCUCAUAAGCCCUCACUUUCAGAGGUGUUGAUGCCGUACGUCGGAGCUGAAGCCAAGUGCCUGGAGCUGUUUGCCCGAAGCCUGCAGCCGGGGUGGACCAGCUGGGGUAACGAAGUACUCAAGUUUCAGCACACCAGCUAUUUCACAGCGACACCCACAGAUGAGCCGGCAGACACCCCUUCAGGUGAAACCGCAGGCAGACGCCCAGAGGCCGUCGUCAUCUCGGCCGGCGAACCCCCUCCUCCUUUAUCACCGACUGAUGGAUGA